AUGGUCUAUUUGUUAAUAACGUUUUUUUUGUUUGUGUGCCAUUUCACAGGUUUCCCUCUGGACAAAGCUGUGGAGUACGCCAAGCUCAGGAAUCCACUGCUCCUCAACGACCUCAACAUGCAGUAUUUCAUCCAGGACAGGAGGGAAGUUUACAGGAUACUAAAGGAAGAGGGCAUCGACCUGCCUCGUUACGGCGUAUUGAACAGAGACCCCGACAAUCCUGAAGAGUGCAACCUGGUGGAAGGGGAGGACCACGUGGAGGUGAACGGGGAAGUGUUCCCUAAACCCUUCGUGGAGAAACCUGUGUGUGCCGAGGACCACAACGUGUACAUCUACUACCCAUCGUCUGCUGGGGGGGGCAGCCAGAGGCUCUUCAGAAAG